AUGGCCGCACAUGUCGCCGCCGACAGCGACCUCAUUAACUUCGACAUAAUAGAAACCCACAAGGAAAACAUCCAGUCCCUCCCCGGCGGCCGGUCGGCGAAGCAGCUGGCCUCCAUAUUGUCGCCUCUUCCGUCCUCCAGGUCGUUGGGCUUGGGCCCGAGUGCGACUCCGACCUUAGAAGAAACAAAAACCCUCAACGACGCCAUCAGACACGAAUAUGAAAUCGAACUCCAAUCAAUAGCAGAUUCUGACGACCCACUCGACAUCUAUGACCGAUAUGUCAAAUGGACGCUCAAUGCAUACCCGUCAGCUCAAGCGACACCUCAGUCCCAGCUUCUUCCCCUGCUCGAACGGGCGACAAAGGCUUUUCUCACCUCGAGCCACUACAAGAAUGAUCCACGAUACUUGAAAUUAUGGCUACAUUAUAUCCGCCUAUUCUCAGACACGCCUCGAGAGACCUUUGCGUUUCUCGCGCGACAUGGUAUUGGCGAGGGACUCGGGCUGUUUUAUGAAGAGUUUGCGGCAUGGCUGGAGGCUGCAGGGAGAUGGGUACAAGCGGAUGAAGUAUUCAGACUAGGCAUUGAGCGGGAAGCCAGACCCGCGGAAAGAUUGUCGCGGAAAUAUGCUCAGUUCCAGCAGAGAUUCGACGCCAGACCGGAAGUCGACGAUGAGCCCAGCUCCCCUGCGCUGCCCACCGUUCGACCGGCGCUGGCGGCGAAGAUUGAUCCGUUUGCCUCCGCCCACGCCGGGGAUGACCCUCAAGCGUCUCGUCAGCGGAAUGGGUUAAGUGGAGGCUCCGCACCGACGUCCCGCUCAGGCAAACCCAAGAUGGCCAUCUUUUCGGAUGCGGAUAACGCCCAACAGCCACUGGCUGCAAACAACACGAAAGGAUGGGACAGCAUUGGGUCAAUGAAGGAACGCAAGAAGGAGAACACCGUUGAGGCUCGAUCGUGGGCGGGAGAGAAGUUGAAAGCCGGAGGCAGAGUCGGUGCGGUGCCAAAAAUGGAGGUAUUCAAGGAUCCGGCAUCACGAGUACAGGGACAAUCCAAGCGACCCCCGACGACCCAAGACUCCCAACAACCGCAUCAAGUUGUGAAUCCACGUACCGGGCGAGCUGAACGGGUCUUCGUGGCCCUUGAAGCCAUCUAUCCCCCUGGGACGGAUCUCGAAUUCAGCUUCGAAGAACUUCGAGCCAUGUCUCGAGGCUGGGCUCAGAAGGAUUGGAGGUCACAAAAGGAAGCAACUCCUCUGAGGCCGACUGCCGGUAAUGUCGCCCCAAAUGCGAGUUCAAAGGUCACCAAGUCUCGGGAGCCAGAAGAUAUCGAGAACCUCACACACUCCUUUGCGGAUAAGGUUGACCUGAACGAUGGUGCGAACUCAACUCUAGGUGUCCACGAUAUGUCGAGCCAAUCGAUGGUUGGCAUGCCCGAGUCAGGUUCCCAAUCAGCAACCAACCCGCCGAAACAGAAGGACAAGAGAUUGAAGAUCAGAGAGGUCAAGCAGGAGACGCAGACGGUCAAGACUCGACUGGAGUCGCCCACCGGCAAGAAGUUGAAGCGCAAAAACUCCUCGCAGGAGCCAACCAUGACUUUCCAUUCCAAGGCUGCGACGAAUGAGAUAUACGACAUGUUCAACCAGCCACUCCGUAAACCGGUAACGGCUAGAGACGACACCCAAAGUGGCGAUGAGACCGACUUCACCGAGGGAGAAAUAGAUGAUGGGUACAGCACCGCAGGUGACGCUGAGAGCACCGAAACGGGUCGAGUUUCCGCGCCUGGCAGUGAAUACGGUGACGAUACUUUGGCGUCCAUCAGGAAAAAUCACUCGCAGAGUCAAAGUCAGUCUGAAAGUGUCUCUCCUUGGUCCGACUUCACCACCAGCAAACACGUGCCACCUCUUGAUUCAGCACGUGUCAAGGACAAAGCACAGGAGACUCAGAAGCACAGGAGACUCAAGCAUAAAGGCCGGUCAGAGGAUAUAACAGAGAGCAUGGACUCAUCCAGCCAAAACCAGACACAGAGUUCUGGUUUUGGAGCGUUUGACACCCAGGCGAUUGCUGCCAUCGCUGAGGGUAACUUUGAUGAACUGGACACCAGAGCUAUUGCUAUGAUGGCUGGCGAUGUCGAUGAGAAUGCGGCAGACGCUGGGGAUGUUGACGUUGAGCAGGAUGCCACCGUCGCCACAUCGGCGGACCAGACCACCUUGACAGAGCAACACCAGGGAGAAUCAGACAACCGUGGAGUUGACGAUGGUGACGUCCUGGCCACCCCGAUUGACGACGAGUUCCCUGACCACCGAGAGAUUUCGCAUAAGCCUCGUUUCAUCCCCAUUCCACCUGCCGACUAUGAGCCGACCCCGAUUCGACCUUAUCGUGACCCAGCGAUGCUGGCGCAGAACAAGAUGCCGUUCAUGACACCAAUUGCAGAGCGAACUGAAUCUUCACUUGCUCCUUCGACUAUUUUCAACGUGCCUGGAUAUUUCGACUCCAAGACCCCGUGCAGGUCCAAAUAUGAGAGCCCGUCCAAAUUUGGGGUUGAGAAUCUUCUCUUGAGCAGUCCACAACAGCAGGCAGCGACGCCACCGACCGGUUCUCCGGCAGGCAAGAGAAAAUGUGGUGAUACCGGCGCGAUUGAGGAUGAGCUCGUCACAUCUUCACCGCAGAAAAAGGGGCCCAGCCAGAAGAGCGACCUCGACAUUUCGCCAAUCCCUCGCUCCAAAAUCAACGACGACACCUUGAAGGCUACUGCUGUGCCAUCAAAGCCAAUUGUCAGAUCGCCCCUGUCUAAAGUUCAAAAAGGACCAAUCAUUCCAGAUUUGCAAUGCAAUCCAUGCGACGACGCUAUCCGAAACCAGAUCCUCGGUUCGGUUUAUCCACCGCUAUCGGCGCAAAAGGGUUAUUAUGAUCAUUCGGGCAUCACUUUUGGCCGCUACCCGAUCCUGAAAUCGUUCGCCGAAAAACAGGCAAGGAGCAAAGCCAAAUUCAGUCCCCGAAAGAGUCAGAACGAAAAGGUCCCAAGUAAGGCGGUUCCUCCGGUCCUCAAAUUCAACGGAGCAACUCGGGUCUACGCUGUCAAGCGCGAAUUGGGCGAAGGGGCGUUUGCUCCGGUGUAUCUGGUCGAUAGCUACGACCCGGCUGAGGAUGAAGAGGCAGGCGAGAACGACAAAGAAAACAAGAGCCCACAGUCAUCUCAGCUUGGUGAUACGAGCCGUCAACCGCUGGAAGCCCUCAAGACCGAGUCUCCUCCAGGCACAUUGGUCUGGGAGUUCCACAUCGUCCGUUUGAUCAAACAGCGCCUCGGCUCCGCCGCGCGAAGCAUGCAGUCCAUCAUCCUGGCUCACGAAUGCCACCUCUACCGCGAUGAAGCGUACCUGGUCCUCUCGUACAGUCCGCAGGGGACGUUGCUCGACUUGGUCAAUUUGGCGCGGGCCGAGAACAUCAAAGCCGGCAAGCCUGCAGAGGGCUUAGACGAAGCGAUGGCCAUGUGGUUGAGUGUCGAGCUGCUGCGCACUUUGGAGGAUCUCCACCGGGCGGGUAUUCUCCAUGGCGACUUGAAGGGCGAUAAUUGCCUUGUCCGCUUCGACACCAGCUUGGACCUGACAGCGCCAUUCAGUCCGGAGGGAAACCACGGAUGGCAAUCUCGGGGACUGAAGUUGAUUGACUUUGGGCGUGGUAUCGACACUCGUAUGUUCAAGCCUAACGCACAAUUCAUCGCCGACUGGCCCGCCUGUCCUCAGGACUGUACCGAAAUCCGCGAAUGUCGACCUUGGAAGUGGCAGAUUGACUACCAUGGCGCUGCGGGGGUGAUCCACUCGCUGUUGUUUGGCAAGUACAUCGAGACGGUGCCAGCCGGGGCCAAUGCAUUGGCCGGUCCGGGACAAAAGAAGGAAUGGAAAUUGAAGGAGAACCUCAAGCGAUAUUGGGAGAAGGACGUUUGGGCAGAUGUGUUUGCAACACUGCUGAACCCAGGGUGCGUGGCCGAUGGGGAAGAUAUGCCGAUCCAGGGCAAUUUGAAGAGGGUGAGGGUCAUGAUGGAGAAGUGGCUCGUGAACGAGGGCGAGCGAGGUGGUCGUGAUCUAAGGGGGAGCUUGAGACGGAUGGAGCGGCUGGUCGGCGUGAAGUAA